AUGUGGUCCCCGAAAUCAUCCGUCGACAUAGAACGUCGCCCCUCCCCCCAGAAUCUCCCCACAAACAGCAGCAGGUCCCACGGCCGUACCAAGUCCCUCAGCGCCCUUACAAACUUCAACAAUGCCAUGAAUCUCAACACUGGCUCUUCAGGGGGACCUGGCUUCAAUGGAGCUCAGCCUAUGAGCCCGUCGACGAGAAUUGGGAGUCCAAUUGUGGGACAAGGAGCCUUGAGCAGCGGAGGUGCUGGGGUAGAGCUUCAGUGGGCGGAAAUUCAGGCUAGAACGUUCUGUCGAUGGCUGAACAAACAAUUGGAAAGCCAAGGACUGGAACCUAUGGUGGAUGUGGUCAAUGACUUUUCGGAUGGUGUCAAGCUUAUACAGGAAAUAAUUUCGGAAGAAAGCUUGGGUCGGUAUGUUAAGAGUCCAAGACUGCGCGUACAGAAAGCAGAAAACGCGGCCAAAGCUCUCAAUUUCAUUCGGUCCAAGGGCAUCAAGUUGACGAAUAUCGGACCGGAGGACAUUGUGGAUGGCAAUUCAAAGCUCAUAUUGGGAAUGAUAUGGACCCUCAUUCUGCGUUUCACUAUCGCAAACAUCACAGAAUCUGGUUUGUCAGCAAGAGACGGCUUGUUGCUGUGGUGCCAGAGAAAGACUGCCUCGUACAAUCCCGAUGUCGACGUUCAGAACUUCAAGAGCAGUUUUGUGGACGGCCUUGCUCUGUGUGCUCUGAUACACUAUCAUCGACCAGAGCUGCUCGACUUCAACCGUCUGGACAAGACCGAUAAACGGACAAACACCGAGUUGGCCUUCAAAGUCGCCGAGGAGAAGCUGGGUAUACCGCGUCUGUUGGAAGUCAAGGAUCUUUGCGAUGUGGAGGUGCCGGAUGAGCGAUCAAUAAUGACAUAUGUGGCCGAAUUCUUCCACAAAUUCUCCAGCGAGGUCGUAGACAAGGCGGAGACUGGAGCCAGGCGAGUGGAAAAGUUCGCAGAGCUGAUGCAAGGUGUCUGGGCCAACAAGAAUGAUUUUGAAACCCGCCUCGCUCUCCUUCUCUCAGCACUUGCGACCACCGAGCAAGCCUGGUCGAUCUCCCCCACACCAGAAUCUUACCCGGACGCUAAAGCCCAUCUCGCUCAGUUCAACGAGUACAAGCGGACCCUGAAGAGGGAGUGGGUCAAGGAGAGACAAGAGUUGGCUGCCUUGUACAGCAAUAUACAAACAAAGAUCAGGACGUAUGCGUUGAAGGAGUGGGAGCCGAAGGAGGGUCUAGGCCUAGAGUAUCUGGAGAAGAGAUGGGCAGAGUUCUUGGGGGCGGAAACGGCUAGAAGUCGAGCCAUCAAUGGCGCUAUAAGAGAUAUUAAGGAAGCGCUGAAAGAGAGUUUUGCUCAAGCCGCUGAAGACUUUGUGCAACGUCUGCAGCAGAUCGAACAAGCUAUCGGCAGUUUGAGCGGGCCAUUGCCGGAGCAAAGAGAAACUCUGUCGCAACUCUCAUCCCAAAUCCCUCGGCUGCGCGACUUCCUGAAAGCCGAAAUCACAGCGCUCAACACCACCUGUUUGCAAGCCAAAGUGGAGGAGAACGACUACACAGUGUUGACAGUCGAUGAUUUGGAUUACGAAUUGGAGCUGGCUGAAGCAGGUUUGAAGAAGAAAAUGGCGUUCAUCGACAACCAGAUGGUCUCGGCUCAGCACACCAACAUCACCCCCGCAAAGCUUGAAGAGUUUGAAGGCACGUUCAAGCACUUUGCUUGGGAAGAGACGAACACGCUUGGUAUGUGGGAGAUGCACUCUGCCCUUGCCAGUCUGGGCAUUGUAUACGCUGAGGAAGAGCUUGAGACUAUAUUUGUCGAGCUCGAGCAACGAUUCGGCUGUGUCACCUACGAAGCCUGGCUCAGUCUACUUGUGGAUAUCACACAGGACGAUGCGUCGUCGCCCGAGCAGUUGCGCGAAGCGUUCAGAGGCAUGGCUGCCGAGAAGCCCUAUGUGACGGAUCUUGAUUUUGAGUAUGCGCAUCUGCCAAAGGAGACUAUGAAGUAUUUGAAGGAGGCGAUGCCUGUGGAACAAGGCGAGCUGGAGGAACUGGAAGAGGGCAUGGAACGGCCGGUGCAAGAAGGCCAAAAUGCCUAUGAUUAUAACGCUUUCCUGGAAAGUGCAUUCUUACAGUGA